AAAAAUUUCAGUAGAAAGUAGAAACUAGAAAAAAGCUAAAAAUAAACAAAUCAAGCCAUCGUGCCCCACAAUCCCAUUUUUUCAUUUUUAUUUUCUGUUUCUUAAUUUUGUUUUUCGUUAAUCUAAUCUCUGAAGGAAAAAAACGGAGGGAAAUUGCAUCUUCUUCAUCGAUGAGAACGGUCAUCUAAACGUCGCUGUAUCAGAGUUCUGUAUGGAUUUGAAUUGCUGUCCUGAUGAGGAUGGCCUCCCUGUGCUGCAGUUGCGGAAAUGGGGUCCAUCUGACAUUCCAUAUAAUCUUUCCGAUUAUAGAGAGGGUUUUAUUUCCCCAACAAGGAAGUCGGUGCUGUUACUUUCCUAUGAUUCUGAGGCAUUAUUGAUUCCCUUAGAUAAAGGUCAGUCCAUGAAUAAUGAGGAUCCUCAAGUUACUUCCAAGCGAACCUCCAUUGAUCCAUAUGAGUCGAGUAUACCUAAUGAUUCAAGGGAAAAUAUGUUUGGAGUUUCUGAAUAUUUGGAUUCGGAUAAUGAUAUUGGCAAUACUGCUCCAACUAGUUCCCCUAGAUGCGAGGAUGCAUUUAUAUCAGAUAUACGUUCAGUUGCCUGGGGCCUAUGUGGGGAUUCGUGUGAUCAGCUCGAUGAGUCUUCAUUUCGUGAGCUACUUUUCGUGUCUGGAAAAGAUGGGCUGGUUGUGCAUGCUUUUUCCCCAUUUAACGAAUCAAGUGAAACAACAAGGCUUGCACAAAGAAAUGAUGUUGGGAAAGGGACAUGGGUGGAGUGGGGACCAUCAGCAGCCGUAACUCAUGUUUUGGGAGUACAUGAUGAAUCAAAAUCUUAUAUGGAGGCCUCUGAGGAAAGUAUAAAUACUUCCCAAGUGAAAGCAGCGGAGGAUGGUCAGUCAGAAAGUCGAAAGAUAUGGAUGCGCACUUUCUUGACAGAAGCGGAAAUAGUAAAAUCUGGUAAUGAUGUUUAUACUGGGUUCCCAAAGUGGCCAUCCUUCCCCAAGGAUAGUAUCGUUUCAUUUAGGAUAUUUGACCGAGACUCGCAAUUGUCUAAUCAUGGUAUCAAAGUUAUGGGUCCCAAGACCAGUAAACCAGACGUGGAUGUUGGUUUGUCCAACACGGAAGUAGAAAAUGAUGGCAUGGGCCAUGCAGAAAGAUGUUUGUAUAAUUGCGUCAAAGUGUUCUCAAAUGAUUCAUACCAGUUGGUUGGAUUUGCACUGGCGAUGAUUAAUCCUCGUCCUGUUAAUAUCCUGAAUGUAGAUGGUGACAACUGUAGUAAAGUUUUGGUUUCUGUGGCCAGAAUAGUUAGCUGGGGAAUGCAGUGGCUAUACACUGUAAAUGUUGAUGAAGAUAAUGUUGGAGGCCCAUUUGAAUGGCUGGACUUUGCCUUUUCUCACAUAUUUCUGAUUUGCCUUAGUGCAUCUGGAUUGAUUGCUUUGUAUGGUGCCACAAAUGGUGAAUAUAUAGCUGCUUUUGAUGUUUUAAAUAUUAUUGGACCUGCGCUGAAAGUUGACACUGAUGUGCCUAAUGAAAAGUCAUCGCACCAACUACGUAGUCUUGACUGCGAAAGAAGAUUUACAAGGCUUUUUGCAUUUCCGUAUUCCUCAUUGAUAGGCGGGAUGGAUGAAUGUGGUGUAAUCCAUGUUAUAGACUCUGGCAACCAUGUCCCAGCGGACGAUUCUUUAUUUGAAAACUUUCUUCCUUAUGAGUACUGUCCAGAACUUGGACUUUUAGCUCGCUGGGUGGUAGGGGGUACUGACAUUGGCCACCAAAGAGUACUUCUUAAUAAAUCAUCACCUCAUGACCUUGCUAGAUUACAAGUGCAGGGUGAAAAAUCUUAUGAUUCGGGUAGGUUAGGGAGAAAAGAAAAUCAGAGACAUGAAAAUAUUGGAAUCAAGGAUUGGAGGAAUCUGGAAAGAUCAUACAUCACUACCCCGUAUGAUGCAAACCAGAUAAUGGAUCAGAAGAAGUUCGUGUUUUCUAAUUUUCCAUCCUGCUUAACGAGGAAAGUCUUUUUACCCCUAUAUAGAUACCGUGAAGAUGAUAUUAUUUGCUGUUCUCCUUUUGGGGUUACUCGUCUCAUUAGAAGACAUGAUUGUGAGAAGAAAUGGUAUCAAAUUGUGCAUUCUAAUCUACAAUUAGAUUUUAUUGUGAAUGAUGAAAAAAACUACAUAACUCAAGGUUCGGAAACCUCCACAAAUGAAGCUGUUGGCUGCAAUUUCCAUGGGUUUCUGUAUUUAUUGACAGAAAAGGGUCUUUCAGUUGUUAUUCCAUCGAUUUCAGUUCCCUCCGAUUUAUUUCCCGUUGAAGCAAUUGUAUAUGGUAUACCAAAAUGUACUAGUAGCUUAAAAAGUGGAGCAGGCAAUCUUCUAGGCAUUGAUCGGAUUAAAAGACCCUGGUCACCUUGGAAAGUGGAGGUUUUGGAUAGAACUCUUCUUUAUGAGGGCCCUGAAGUUGCAGAAAAGCUGUGCCUGGAAAAUGGGUGGGACUUGCGGAUUUCUCGGAUACGCCGCUUGCAGCUGGCGUUCUCCCUGGAAAGGCUUAUGGGUGUCAAUCUGGCAGUGGAAGGCAUAUUGAGGCUUCUCUUUGCUGCUACCUAUUUGAUGUUCAACAAAGUAAGCGGUGAUAAUGAAGUUUCUGCUGCAUCAAGGCUUCUUGCAUUGGCCACCGGUUAUGCAAUCCGGGUCAUGCGUAAAUGUGGUUUGUUGCAGCAUAAGAAAGCAGCUGUGCAUCCAUGGAAUGUUAUAGGCAAUGAAGGUUUUCCUCUUCUGUUAGAGCUAACAGAUAAAGAGCAUGACGAAGAGGAAUUUUCAAGAAUCCUUAAGGAAAUAGCACAACUUUUGGUGGUUAUCCGUAGUUUGCAGGGAAAAUUAAAUGCCAAAUUCAAACUACCAGGCCAACAGUUGACAGACAAUACUGGGCCUCAAAAUUUGGUUAGUGGAGAGUUAUCUGAAGAUGAACCGAAGGAUCCAGUUGUUACGGAAGAUACACCGUUUGAUACAUCCGAUCAUCGUGAAAUUGCACUUCCUGCAUCUGGGACGGAAUUGAGUAAUGCAGAAAACCUUGCUUUAGUGCCCGCAGAUUCAAGAGGUGAAACCCCAGGUUUUGACAAUUUUGGUAGAACAAUCCUAGUUUCUGAAGGAAAUGCAUUUGGAAAAACGGCAUAUAGGGUAGAGAGUUCGAAAGAUAUGAUGACACGUUGGGCGCUGGAUAACAUGGACAUCAAGACUGUUGUCAAAGAUGCUUUACUUUCUGGUCGUCUUCCUUUGGCAGUGCUUAGAUUGCAUCUUCAUCACUUGAGUUUGGCACCUGGCACAGAAUCUCAUGAUACCUUUAAUGAUGUCAGAAUUGCUGGAAGAGCGAUUGCCUAUGACUUAUUUGUCAAGGGUGAAGUUGGGCUUGCUAUAACAACAUUACAAAAGCUUGGGGAGGAUGUUGAAACCACUUUGAAACAAUUAGUGUUCGGCACUGUUAGAAGAUCUCUUCGGGUGCAAAUUGUGGAAGAAAUGAAGAAAUAUGCAUACCUUGGACCACAUGAGUUGAAGAUAUUGGAUAUGGUAUCACUUAUAGAGAGGGUAUAUCCUUGCAAUAGUUUCUUCAGCACGCUGGCUACACGGAGAAAGGCGCUUAGUAUAGUAACUAACGAAGAUGCAGCUGGGAAGAUAAGCCUACGUCUGUUCCAUCCUCUAUUUGACAAUCUGGCCAUUUUCUGUGGUGAGAUAGAUGGAGUUGUUUUGGGUUCAUGGAAGACUAUAGAUGAACAUUCUGUAGCUCCUGAAGCUGAUGAUGAUAGUAGUCAUGCUGCUUAUUGGACUGCUGCUGCAGUGUGGUCAGAUGCCUGGGAUCAGAAAGUCAUUGACCGUAUAUUGCUUGACCAACCUCUGCUCAUGGGCGUUAAUGUAUUGUGGGAAUCACAACUUGAAUACCAUGUCUGCCACAAUGACUGGUUAGAAGUUUCCAAACUAUUAGAGGUGAUCCCAUUGUAUGCACUAUCCCAUGGAAGCCUUAGCAUUAGCUUGGAUGAUAUAGAACCAGCUUCAUCCAUAGAACAUGGUCAAGAGCUUCCUGGAUAUAAAAAUUACACAGGCUUCCUUGAAGAGCUGGAUGGUGUGUUUCUUAAUGUCCCAAGAAUAAGAUUUUUCAGGUUUUCUGCAAAUAAAGCAUGCUCUGAAUGGUUAAAAAUGCUUUUGGAGCAGCAGCUUGCAAAAGAAUUUAUCUUCCUGGUGGAAUACUGGAACGAUACGUCAGAGAUUGUUCCAUUGCUAGCCCGGUCAGGUUUCAUGAUUAACAAGCAUGAUCAGCCAUUCCUGGACGGAGCCGAUGACAGUUCAUCUAGUUCACUUCUAGUUAUUGAUGAUACAUCAAUGAACCCACAAACAGUACAAGCUCUUCAUAAAGUUGUAAUACAUUUCUGCACGCAGUAUAACUUGCUGAACCUUCUGGACAUUUAUCUUGACCAUCACAAGCUGGCUAUCGACCAUACUUCCCUUUCCUUUUUAUUGAAUGCAACAGGUGAUAAUGAGUGGGCGAAGUGCUUGCUCUUAUUAAGGAUUAAGGGAAAAGAAUAUGAUGCAUCAUUUUCAAAUGCUCGUGCAGUUGCUUCCCGUAAUUUAAUUCCUGGGAAUAAACUUACUGUUCUGGAGACUGAUGACAUCAUUCAAGCUGUUGAUGACAUAGCGGAAGGAGCAGGGGAAAUGGCAGCUUUAGCCACACUAAUGUUUGCUCCUAAUCCUCUGCAGGAAUGCCUUAGUAGUGGUAGUGUAAAAAGGCAUUGUAGUUCAGCUCAGUGCACCUUGGAGAACCUUAGACCAGCCCUGCAACGCUUUCCCACAUUGUGGAACACACUUGUGGCAGCAUGUUUCGGUCAAGAUCCUCUUGGAAGCAAACUAUCGUUUAAGGCAAAAACAUCUGGCUAUUCUGAUUUGUUAGACUACUUGGAUUGGCGGGAAGGUGUAUUCUUCUCUUCUGUACGAGAUACUUCAAUUCUUCAGAUGAUCCCUUGCUGGUUUCCUAAGGCUGUCCGGAGAUUAGUUCAGCUUUAUGUGCAGGGCCCAAUUGGCUGGCAAUCAUUAGCUGAGUCAGAGACCGAGGAACUUUCUAUGCUGAGAGACAUUUAUUAUGUUGUAAAUUCCAGUGGUCAUGCUCAAAUUAGUGCAACAUCCUGGGAAGCUGCUGUUCAAAAACAUAUUGAGGAGGAACUCUAUGCAUCUUCUUUAGAGGGAGCUGAGGUGGGUCUCGAACACCAUUUGCAUCGUGGGCGUGCGUUGGCUGCUUUAGACCAUCUCCUUUCAGCAAGGGUCGUUAAGUUGAAGUCCAAUGAUAAGGAUAGUUGGCAAUCUGAAACCCAACCAAGUGGGCAAACAAAUAUCCAACUGGAUGUACAAAACCUUCUUGGACCAAUAACACAGAGUGAAGAGUCGCUUCUCUCACCUGUGAUACCACUUGCUAUUGAGCAUUUUGACGACUCUGUAUUGGUGGCAUCGUGCGCUUUCCUUUUGGAGCUAUGUGGUUUAUCAGCUGCUCUUCUGCAUAUUGAUAUUUCUGCCUUGAGAAGAAUAUCUUCUUUCUACAAGUCUUCUGACAACAUUUUGUACAGUCAAUUGUCACCUAAGGGCUCCACAUUUUAUGUAACACCUGUUGAAGUUGAUGUGACAAAAUCUCUUGCACGAGCACUAGCAGACGACUACCUUCAUAAAGGUUCAAGUAAAAUGGUACAAAAUGGUGAAGGAGACAAUACCACUUCUAAUCAACCAUCACGAGCUUUGCUGCUUGUUCUGCAGCAUUUGGAGAAAGUCAGUCUUCCACUGCCAUCCAGUGGUGCGACAUGUGGAUCUUGGUUAGCAAGUGGAAAUGGAGAUGGGGCAGAUUUGAGAUCUCAACAGAAAACCAUAAGCCAGCAAUGGCAGUUGGUCACAACUUUUUGCCAGAUGCAUAACAUUCCUCUGAGCACUAAAUACCUAACUGUAUUAGCAAGGGACAAUGAUUGGGUUGGGUUUUUAUCAGAAGCUCAAGUUGGGAAAUACCCAUUUGAAACAGUAAUCCAAGUGGCGUCAAAGGAGUUCAGCGAUCCACGUUUGAAGAUUCACAUUUUAACUGUUCUGAGAAGCAUGCAGUCUCGGAAAAAGAUUAGUUCAUUGAAUAUUGAUACUGCAGAACGAGGGGUUGAAACUGUUAUUCCAGAUGAGAACCUUUAUAUACCUGUUGAAUUAUUUGGAACCAUAGCAGAAUGUGAAAAGGAGGAAAGACCUGGGGAGGCGCUUCUCCUGAAAGCAAAGAAUUUCAGCUGGUCAAUUUUGGCUAUGAUUGCAUCUUGCUUUCCUGAUGUCUCUCCAUUAUCUUGCCUGACAGUUUGGCUUGAAAUAACAGCAGCAAGGGAGACUUCUGCUAUCAGAGUUAACGAUAUUGCAUCGCGAAUUUCGAAAAAUGUUGGAGCUGCGGUGGAGGCUACUAAUUCCCGUCCUGCUAAUGCUAGAACCAUUGCAUUGCAUUAUAAUAGAAAAAACUCAAAGCGAAGGCGCCUUUUGGAACCCAGUCCAACAGAUUCACUGGCUUCACAAUCUUCUGAUGGUUCUGUUAUCUCCAACAUUCAAGGUGCUAUUUGUGAGGACGCCGAGAAACUGGGUGAUGAAGAUACUAAAUGUUCUACUGACUCUGAUAGCAUAGCUAAUGCCUUGUCAAGAAUGGUGGCUGUGCUCUGUGAGCAACACCUGUUCCUUCCUCUGCUUCAAGCUUUUGAGAUAUUUCUUCCUUCCUGCUUGCUGUUACCUUUUAUUCGUGCUCUUCAGGCAUUCUCGCAAAUGCGACUCUCGGAGGCUUCAGCACAUCUUGGAUCCUUUGCUUCCAGAAUUAAGGAAGAGACCUCUCAUACACAACAAAGUUGGGAAAGAGAAGAGAAAGUCGGAAAUUCAUGGACAAUUUCCACUGCCGUGAAAGCUGCUGAUUCCAUGCUAUUAAAAUGUCCAUCUCCAUAUGAAAAAAGAUGCUUGCUUAGGCUUCUUGCUGCUACUGACUUUGGUGACGGGGGUUCCACUUCCACACGAUAUGGUCAACUGUGUUGGAAAAUUGAUAUGGCUGAACCUUCUCUGCGGAGUGAUGAGUGUCCCCUCUUAGGAAAUGAAACCUUAGAUGAUGCCUCACUUUUAGAUGCGUUAGAAAAGAACGGAUACUGGGAGGAAGCACGCAGUUGGGCCAAACAGUUGGAAGCCAGUGGUGAACCAUGUUGGAAAUCGGCAGCCAAUCAUGUGACAGAAAUGCAGGCUGAAGCCAUGGUUGCAGAAUGGAAGGAAUACCUUUGGGAUGUUCCUGAAGAGAGGGCUGCUUUGUGGAGUCACUGCCAGACACUUUUCAUCAGAUACUCUUUCCCGGCAUUACUGGCUGGACAGUUCUUUCUCAAACAUGCAGAGGCAGCAGAAAAGGAUAUACCAGCUAGAGAACUUCAUGAAAUUUUGCUACUUGCUCUGCAAUGGCUGAGUGGGAUGAUAACUCAGUCAAAUCCCUUGUAUCCACUCCAUCACUUGCGUGAAAUCGAAACCAGAGUGUGGCUCUUGGCUGUGGAAUCUGAAGCACAGGUGAAGAGUGAAGGUGAAGAUUCAGUAACCUACCCUACCCGGGAUUCUGGUGCCACUAAGGGUUCGAACUUGAUAGAUUGUACUGCAAGUAUAGUUACAAAAAUGGACGACCACAUAAAUGCAAUGAGGCUAAAAAAUGAUAGGGAUAACAGUCAGACACAUACGAGAACCACUCCAACUUCUGACUCCAGCUUUUUGAGCACAAAGACGAAAAGAAGAGCCAAAGGCUUUGGAUCAUCAAGGAAGCCUUUGGCAGAUUCAGCGGAUAAAAAGUAUGGGUCUGAAUCUAUUCCGGUCAUCCUCAGAGAUGAGUCACUGUCUCUGGAUGGAAAUUUCAGAAUAGAUGCAUCACUAUCGAGGUGGGAGGAAAGAGUUGAACCUGCUGAGCUGGAGAGGGCUGUCCUUUCAUUAUUGGAUUUUGGGCAAAUAACUGCAGCCAGACAACUGCAGAAUAAGCUAUCUCCUGACAUCACGCCAGCCGAGUUCUCACUUGUAGAUGCUGCUUUGAAGCUUGCCGCUCUUUCAACUCCAAGAAACAUGGUGCAUGUUUCAAUGUUGGACAAUGAAGUGCGCUCGAUCCUGAAAUCAUACAAUUUAUUGACUGAUGGAUGGGUGAUUGACCCCGUGAAGGUCUUGGAGGGUUUGUCGACCAUUCUUGUGGAAGGUAGCGGACGUGCACUGUGCAAAAGGAUUAUAUCUGUUGUGAAGGCUGCAAAUAUGCUUGGUCUAACAUUUUCAGAGGCUUUUGAGAAGCAACCCAUUGAACUUCUUCAGUUGCUUUCUCUUAAAGCGCAAGAUUCUUUUGAAGAAGCCAAUCAUUUAGUUCGAAGUCACUCAAUACCAGCUGCUAGUAUUGCCCAAAUUCUCGCCGAAUCAUUUCUUAAGGGUCUAUUAGCUGCACAUCGUGGGGGAUAUAUGGAUUCUCAGAAGGAGGAAGGACCUGCUCCGCUGCUAUGGAGGUUUUCUGACUUUUUGAAAUGGGCCGAGCUUUGUCCUUCUGAUUCAGAAAUUGGCCAUGCGUUAAUGAGAUUAGUAAUCACAGGGCAAGAAAUACCCCAUGCAUGUGAGGUUGAGCUCCUUAUUCUAUCCCACCAUUUUUACAAGCUGUCAUCGUGCCUCGAUGGGGUUGACGUGCUUGUCGCACUUUCCGCUACUCGGGUAGAGGCUUAUGUGUGGGAGGGCGACUUCUCUUGCCUUGCUCGUCUGAUAACAGGAGUUGGAAACUUCCAUGCACUUGAUUUCAUACUCGGAAUUCUUAUCGAAAACGGGCAGCUCGAUCUCCUCCUCCAGAAAUAUUCGGCUGCUGCUGAUGCAAACAGCGGCACUGCAGAGGCCGUUCGAGGGUUCCGAAUGGCUGUUCUGACGUCACUCAAGCAGUUCAAUCCUAAUGACCUUGACGCAUUUGCCAUGGUGUGCAAGGGAAAGCAGAGUUUUAAUCAACUUGUUCUUGAACUCCGUGAAAUAAUUGUAUGCCUAUCCUUUUGGGAUCGAGUGAUUAUGACAUACAGGAUACCUACAGAAGCCACCAGUGAUUCAGAUUCAACCUUUGGCGUG